CUCAAAGUUGAAUCUCGGUCAUUAAUGUUUCCUUUCGUUUUCUCCUUCUCUUUCUUUCUCUCUCUUUCUGUUUUCUAAACCUUGCACCGCCAUGAACGCCAUAGCAACUGCUUCAGCUCUCACUCUGCCAAUCUUCUGUAGAACAGCCAAACUUGACAGCAAAAAGGGUUUGAAAGGUAAAUUCAGCGUGCUUGCUGUAUUCGGAGAAGUAGAAAAGAAGAAUGCAUGGAGUGCAAUCUUUGACGUGGAGGAUCCGAGAUCAAAAGUCCCACAUUAUAAAGGAAAGUUUUUGGAUGUAUAUCAAGCCUUAGAAGUGGCAAGAUAUGAUCUUCAGUACUGUGAUUGGCGAGCUCGGCAAGAUGUGCUUACCAUCAUGCUCCUCCAUGAAAAGGUAGUGGAAGUUCUUAAUCCUCUAGCACGCGAAUACAAAUCAAUUGGCACAAUGAAAAAGGAGCUAGCAGAGUUGCAAGAUGAAUUAGCAGAAGCACACAGACAGGUCCAUGUAUCUGAAGCAAGGGUUUCAACUGCUUUAGAAAAACUAGCUUUCAUGGAAGAAUUAGUAAAUGAUAGGCUGCUUCAAAGUAGAAGCACAACAGAAGUUUCCGAGGCAUCUUCUUCGCCGAGUACAUCUGCGAAAUCUUUCAAUGAAGAAAAGAAAAGGCCGCCCCGAAAAAGCUUGAAUGUAUCAGGUCCGGUUCAGUCAUUCCAUCCCAACUUGAAGAAUUUCUGGUAUCCUGUUGCUUUCACUACUGACCUAAAACAUGAUACCAUGAUCCCUAUAGAAUGUUUUGAGGAACCAUGGGUUAUCUUCAGAGGGAAAGAUGGGAAACCUGGAUGCGUUCAGAAUACCUGCGCACACAGAUCAUGUCCUCUACACCUUGGUUCUGUAAAUGAGGGUCGUAUCCAAUGUCCCUAUCAUGGUUGGGAGUACACCACCACUGGAAAAUGUGAGAAAAUGCCAUCCACUCGACUGCUUAAUGUGAAGAUAAAGUCAGUUCCAUGUUUCGAAAAAGAGGGUAUGAUCUGGAUUUGGCCUGGCAAUGACCCCCCAUCAGCCACACUUCCAUCUUUAUUACCUCCUCCUGGGUUCCAAGUUCAUGCCGAGAUUGUCAUGGAACUUCCAAUUGAACAUGGGUUACUUUUGGACAACCUUUUGGAUCUCGCACAUGCCCCGUUCACACACACUUCAACCUUUGCUAAGGGAUGGAGUGUCCCAAGCUUGGUGAAAUUUUUGACACCUGGAUCUGGUCUGCAAGGGUACUGGGAUCCCUAUCCAAUUGAUAUGGAAUUUCGGCCACCUUGCAUGGUUCUAUCGACGAUUGGAAUUUCAAAGCCUGGGAAACUCGAGGGACAAAACACCAGUCAAUGCGCCACACAUCUGCACCAACUUCAUGUUUGCUUACCAUCAUCAAAACAAAAAACAAGACUACUGUACAGAAUGUCGCUGGAUUUUGCUCCUUUUCUAAAGCAUGUUCCUUUUAUGCAAUAUCUAUGGAAGCAUUUUGCAGAACAGGUUUUAAAUGAGGAUCUACGGUUAGUGCUGGGUCAGCAAGAGCGGAUGAACAGUGGUGCAAAUGUAUGGAAUUGGCCGGUAUCGUAUGACAAGCUUGGGGUAAGGUACAGAAUAUGGCGAGAUGCCGUGGAGCGAGGAGCGAAACAGCUACCCUUUAGUAGAUAGACCUAUAAUAACAAGUUAAACUAAGCAUUAUUAAUCUAAAAGUCAGGGAUGCUUCUUAGAUCCACAACAUGGAUACUUUUUCUCUCUUUUAAUGUCAAGGCUCUUGGACAACUCUGCAUCAAAAAAGGCCUUUAAGGUGAUACUGUCGGCUGCUGUCUCCUCCAUCAACAUCAAAAAGGCCAUCCGGGAACUGUUAAAAUUGUUCAGAGGUUGUCUUUCUAAAAUGGCAGGACUGUGUACCGUUGAGUCUUGACCGACCUUUUCUUUUGGAGUUUUGUACAGUAUCAAAUCCAUUUUUCUCCUCUGAUAUAUCUUCACCAUUUCAGAUGGUGCCUUUAUCUCACACCCUUUGUUAAUAAAGGGUUUGUACUUUGUUGUAUGAAACAUCAUUUUAGUCCAAUAUUAAUUCAGAAUA